CUGGUUUAUACUGGUCUGUACUGGUCUGUACUGGUUUGUACUGGUUUACACUGGUCUGUACUGGUCCAUACUGGUCCAUACUGGUCCAUACUGGUUUAUACUGGUGGCAGAUCAUGGAUGCCCCCUUCGAGGCUGCUGAUGACGAAGGUGACGAUGACGAGGAUGAGCAGUCGGUGGCGCAGGCUCAGGAGCGCCUCCUGCAGGCGCUGAUGCGCGGCGCGGCGCGGGCGCUGCCCCGGCGGGAGCUGCGGCGGGACUGGGACGUGCUGCGAGAGCUCGGCCGCGGCUCCUACGGACGCGUGCUGCUGGCACGGCCCCGGCGCGGCGGUGCGCAGGUGGCGCUGAAGCUGCUCUCCAAGGAGCGCACGCCCAGGUGGGGCUUCCUGCGGGAGUUCUGCACUCACCUGUGCCUGCGGGGGGCGCUCACCUGCGUCCAGGUGCUGCCGCUCGCCUUCGAGACCCCCACGGAGUUCGGCUUCGCCCAGGAGCUCGCACCUGCCGGGGACCUGUGCGGGCUGCUCACACCUGGGGUGGGUCUCCCGGAGCCGCAGGUGAAGCGCUGCGCCGCCCAGGUGUCGUCCGCCCUGGCUUACCUGCACGGCCACGCCCUGGUGCACCGCGACCUGAAGCUGGACAACGUGCUGGCCUUCGACCGCGACUGCCACCUGGUCAAGGUGGGCGACUUCGGGCUGACGCGCGUGCAGGGCUGGCAGGUGCGCCCCGCCCGCGGCCCCGCCCCUUACACCGCCCCGGAGCUGCUGCAGGUGCGCCCAGGUGCGGCGCGGCGGCGGCGCCUGGAGCCCGCGGCCGACACCUGGGCGUUCGGCGUGCUGCUCUUCGCGCUGCUCACCGGCGCCUUCCCCUGGGCCUCACCUGCGCGCUCCGACCCCGCCUUCCGCCGCUUCCGGGCGUGGCACGGCCGCACCUGCGCAGGUGAGGCGCCGCCGCGGCCGCCGCGCACCUGGCGGGGGCCUGGGGGGGGCGGGGCUGGCGCUGCUGCGGGGGCUGCUCCACCCCCGGCCCGCGCGGCGCUGCCCCCCCGGCGAGGUGCUCAGGUACCUGGGCGGGGCCUGGGCAGGUGA